UACUCUGUUUCCGACAUAACUUUUAAGUUUUGUAGCUCCUCCCCGACGGCUUCGAAACCCUAAACCCCAAAGUUUAAGCUGCCGUCAAUGGAGGACUCCGAUGCUAAAACGGAAGCUCCAGCUUUCGUAUACGAUACUCUUCCUCCACUUUCUUUCUCAGAUUCGAACCAAUCUCCACCAACUCAUGACGAAUCUCACCAAUACUCUGUUUUCCGCAAAGAGAUUUCAGAUUUCACCGUCGCUACAACGCCGGUGGAAUCAGCUACGGUGGAUUUCUUCUCACUCGAUGUUGACGGUGGGACGACUGAGAACGGCGUCGAACCUGUAACGCCGGUGGUUGUGGCAUCGUCGAAGAAGAAGAGUAAGAAGAGGAAGAAAGAUGAAGAACCCAGAUUGGAGAGUAAUUGGUUUAGUGAGAAUAGUUUCUCUAAGAUCCCAAUGCUUCAAUUGCAUAAAGAAAUAGUAGAUUUCUGUGAUUUUCUCUUACCAACACAAGCAGAAAAAGCUGAGCGUGAUGCAGCAGUGGAGAGUGUCUCGAGUGUUAUUACGUAUAUCUGGCCAAGUUGCAAGGUUGAGGUUUUUGGGUCAUACAAGACAGGGCUUUAUCUUCCAACAAGUGAUAUAGAUGUGGUCAUUCUGGAAUCAGGUCUCACUAAUCCUCAAUUAGGUCUACGCGCACUCUCCAGGGCAUUAUCACAAAGGGGAAUUGCGAAGAAUCUUGUGGUGAUUGCUAAGGCUCGUGUACCAAUUAUCAAGUUUGUUGAGAAGAAAAGCAACAUUGCGUUUGAUCUAAGUUUUGAUAUGGAGAAUGGACCUAAGGCAGCUGAGUUUAUACAGGAUGCAGUAUCAAAGUUGCCUCCUCUACGACCAUUAUGUCUAAUUCUGAAAGUAUUUCUACAGCAGAGAGAACUUAAUGAGGUGUACAGUGGUGGAAUUGGUUCAUAUGCACUUCUUGCAAUGCUGAUUGCAUUUCUCAAGUACCUCAAGGAUGGUCGAAGCGCACCUGAGCAUAACUUGGGAGUUCUAUUGGUUAAAUUCUUUGAUUUUUACGGGCGAAAAUUAAACACCGCAGAUGUCGGUGUAUCUUGCAAAACGGGAGGUUCUUUCUUUUCAAAAUACGACAAAGGUUUCCUGAACAGAGCCCGGCCAGGUCUCAUCUCUAUCGAGGAUCCACAGACACCAGAGAAUGACAUUGGGAAGAGCUCAUUCAACUACUUUCAGAUUCGAUCAGCCUUUGCAAUGGCCUUGUCUACUCUAACAAACACAAAAGCGAUCCUAUCUUUAGGACCAAACAGAAGCAUUCUCGGCACAAUCAUCAGACCAGACCGGAUCCUAUCAGAACGCAAAGGAGGGAAAAACGGGGACAUCACUUUCAACAGCCUUCUUCCCGGAGCAGGAGAGCCAUUACCAAUGGCAAGCAACAGCAAAACCAACGGCGGUCUUUUCUGCAACUGGGAGCUCGAAGAAGACGAAGAAGGUUCAUUUCCAAGAGGGAGUACUACAAACGGAGACAUUACUCCGGUUGUAGAUACUCCUGGUAAGAAAUCGAAAGAGUCUUCUCGAAAGAAGAAGAAGAAGAGCAGCAAGAAGGAGGUAGAUGAAGAGGAAGAAGAAGGAGCGAGUUCGAAGAAGAAGAAGAAACGACGGAGGAACAUAGUUGGACUCACAUGGACUUACUGAGAGAUGGUUCUUUUUAAGUUUGGUUACACUUGGAACCAGAAAAAAAGUUUCUGUUGUGAGUGUAAAUUAUAAUUUGGUAAUAACAGAUAUUUAUGCUGUUGUAACAAAUUAAAAACCUUACCAUCAGUUUUGAGUUAGUUCUUAAAUUAAGAAAAAUGUUAUCGAACAA